GUUGUCUGUCCGUCAGUCACGCUAAAAUGUCAUACGCACAAGCAGGGAACAAGCGCCAGAAAGUGAGGGAAGGUAGAGCCGAAAUGGACUAUUUUCAAGGCAUAGAUAAGGUAGAGUACAAUAAUAUGGCAACACCGACUGAUGGCAGCAGCUACCGCUACUACUGCAGUGGCGAGCGACUGCACGGACGGACUAUGGAGGAAUGGCUCAAGUAUAGCGUCUCGUUCUCUGAUUUUAAAAGCAAUGGAUCCGAUAGCCACGGAAAACCUACAGUGAGCAGACCUUGGGAUGACAACACCAAUUCCAUAGACAACUACAAGCGUUGCAUCAAAGCCUUCUUAGAUUUCUGUCUCAAACUCGGCGUGAAAUAUUGGACGGCUUUCGACACGGAUCUCGUCCCUUUGACGGACAACUGGGACGAAAACAGAACGAAUUGGGACGAGAUUUCAGAGUACCUGCAAGAAAUGUUGCAGAAGACUCACCUGAAGAUUCUGUGGCUGGCACCAGAUUUGCACUCCCAUCCGAGAUACGCUUCUGGUGCGUCUACAUCUCACGAAGCAGCAACAUACGUGCACGCGGCUACACAGAUUAAAAAAUGUCUCGAAAUGUCGCAACGUUUGAACGCCGAAAACUUUCUAAUAUUUCCGUACAGGGAAGGCUAUAGCGCCAUCUUCCAAACGGAUCUGGCAAAAGAAUUAAAAUUAUUUGCGAAAUUGUUAAAAACUACAGCCGAAUACAAGGAUAGAUUGAGCUACAAAUGUCAAUUGCAAAUUAUGCCGUACGUAGAUUUUGGUAGAAAUUACAACAUGAGCUGGCAACACCAAAGUUGGCGGCAAAAUGACGUGCACAGAUACAUGUGGGAUGUCACUAGCUGCUUGUAUUUCCUGAAAAACUUCAAUUUAGACCGACAUUAUAAAGCUUGUACUCCGCCAGGGCCGGAUAUGUAUAUGGCGAGUGUAUACAACAUGCUGGGUGGCGUCACAGUAACAGAUCAUUUCGACUACUCCGAUGCCAAGUCUAUUACUCUUACAAUGAAGUAUAUUGUCGAUAUGGGAGCAGCGCCCCCUGGCGGAAUUUCGCUCAAACUGUGUCCACGAAGAGACAGCGAUCUGAAAGAGCUAAUGUCGAACCACGUGCAGUAUAUAGACGCCUUUGCGAAGGGCCUCCGAGUCGCAUGCAACGUUGUCGGCGAACAGGCGUUCUCGAAAUAUAUACAGCAACGUUACGCGAGCUUCGGCAGCGGUUUCGGCGGCCGCAUCAUGACAAACGACGUACCAUUGGAAGAGUGCGAAGAGUAUUACAAGAAAAACCAAGUCCAGAACGAGUCGGCUUCGUCCAAGACCUGUCACUACGAGCUGGUCUUCCAGCGGUACCUGGACACCUGCGACCACGUCUGAUACUGGUCCCUCCAGGCCUUGUGGGUCAACAUACCGUGACAUACUGUAUCCAGAACUAAUAAUAAAUAUGAAAUCUGCUACGAGGUAGAAAACCAUUUUGUAUUAACUUUAGGUCCUAUUUCACCCACCAACGUCUGUUAGUGUUAACAACUUGUUAAAAUAUCAUGUCUUCUCUUUAUUCGUAUGAA